AUGGACUACAGUUCCCAGAAUGCCUCUCUCCACUCACAGUUGACGCUUGAGCUUCAGGCGGGAGAGAUGCGCUUCUUCCUGAUCUGUUUUCGUAAUCCUGUAAACACCUGUCACCUGUCACUUCUACACCUGUCACUUCUACACCUGUCACUUCUACACCUGUCACUUCUACACCUGUCACUUCUACACCUGUCACUUCUACACCUGUCACUUCUACACCUGUCACUUCUACACCUGUCACUUCUACACCUGUCACUUCUACACCUGUCACUUCUACACCUGUCACUUCUACACCUGUCACUUCUACACCUGUCACUUCUACACCUGUCACUUCUACACCUGUCACUUCUACACCUGUCACUUCUACACCUGUCACUUCUACACCUGUCACCUCUGCACCUGUCACUUCUACACCUGUCACUUCUACACCUGUCACUUCUACACCUGUCACCUCUACACCUGUCACCUCUGCACCUGUCACUUCUACACCUGUCACUUCUACACCUGUCACCUCUGCACCUGUCACUUCUACACCUGUCACUUCUACACCUGUCACCUCUGCACCUGUCACCUCUGCACCUGUCACCUCUGCACCUGUCACCUCUGCACCUGUCACCUCUGCACCUGUCACCUCUGCACCUGUCACCUCUGCACCUGUCACCUCUGCACCUGUCACCUCUGCACCUGUCACCUCUGCACCUGUCACCUCUGCACCUGUCACCUCUGCGCGGGUCCUCUGCGCGGGUCAUUUCAAACAUGGUCGUUAUGACUGUGGUCGUCAUAGAAACGUGA